UUUAGAAAAGGAGAGCAUUGGUUGGGGUUGGGAUUAGGCUCGUGCUGUGGGUUGGAGUGGAUUACGCGGCGUCGCGCGCGCAGAGAUCGAGAGAGGUGGAAAUGUGCCGCCGCGCUUUAUCGCCCGACGAGCUUCUAGGUCCGCUCCUCCGCCAACUGAUCGCGACACUUGAGGCGCACCCUGACUCUUUCCGCCUGCGCUAAAUCACAGCCCGCACCGAGGUGUCCUCUCCGGCUGCAUGGAAACAUGGCCGACGUUCCCCAGAUCGUCAAAAUCGGGAUUUCCCUGAAGAUGCUUCCGAACAACAGCGCGGUGUUCUUCAAGUCGGACGGAGCUCGGUUCGGACAGACGCGGACCAUCAAGCUGCUGACCGGCUCCAAGUACAAGAUCGAAGUGGUGGUGAAGCCGGGAGCGGUCCAGGCCACCUCCAUGAGUGUGGGUGGAGUGACCUUUCCCUUGGAGCAACAAUCCAAAGACCCCCAGUCUGUGGUUUACACCGGUCAGUAUGACACUGAGGGGGUGGCACACACAAAGAGUGGAGAAAGGCAGCCAGUUCAAAUUAAUAUACAGUUCACAGAGGCGGGUUCAUUCGAAACCGUGUGGCAGGUGAAAUUCUACAACUACAACAAGAGGGACCACUGCCAGUGGGGCAACAGCUUUAACAGCAUCGAGUACGAAUGCAAACCCAACGACACGCGCACGCUCAUGUGGAUCAACAAAGAGAUGUUCGUCUGAUGGCCAGAGGCGACGCAAAAGACUUGGGUGUGUGCGUUAACGUGUCCUCCCUCCUUCAACCUUCUGUCAGUGUCAGAAAAUGUGAAGCUCUUUGCAACCGAGACAGACCCAUACUCUCGCUAUUUUAUGUAAAAGACUGCAUAAACUUCCUUAGAAAGUUUCCACUUACACUCUGGUAUUCUGUAUUCUCAAAUGUGGAAAAAAUACAUUUUUGUGUAACAGUACUGUAGUUGUGAAAGAUUACCUGUGUUUACAAUGAGUGUGAUGAGUGUGUGUUUUACAGAUGGUGCUACCAAUGUGGCUAUGUGGAUAUGUAUGUAUUUUUAAGCUACAUGCAGUACUGUGGAAAAGUCUUCAGCUGUCUCUUAUUUCUUGAGAUUUAUUUGAUUUGUUUAAGUUACUUAGCAAUGAUGUCAAAGUCUCCAUUGAUUCAGUGUUGUUCGUACAAAAGGAAACUUAAAGAACCAUUCAUAAGUUUAGUUCAAUCUAAGAUACCAAAGACAACACAGUUAGUCACAGACAAGAGAAAUAAUCUAGUAUUUAAGCAAAAAUAAGAUGAUUCCCAAGGAUCUAUUAGCAUAGCACUAGUGCCUAAGAUUAGCACUAGCUUUUUGAACAACCCUAAGAAGGAGAAACUGAUGGAGAUUUUAAUGAAAAGUUUACCAAAAAAAUAGUCUGGCUGCUUUCAAUCAAAGGCAUACAUUAAAAAUGGUGUACAUUGCUGUUUGUACACAUUUUUCAUAUCCACUGUUAGCUUUAAAAUAUCUAUUAAGCAACAAAAGCCAGCAUAAAAGUCAAACAACUGUACUGUUAAAAUCCAUAAUCUCACACCUUCCUUAUGCCUGCUGAAUUUGCCAGUUUUUUAAUUGGCACCCAAGUAAUCAUCCCCCAUCUGUCUGCAAAGCACUGCCAUAAAAUAUGUGUGAGAACUUGGGGGGGGGGGACACUAACAGUAUGGCAGAAAUGGUUGGCAUGUAAAAAGUUCUUUGGCAGCAGGGUGCUAUAGAGUCUAUGAGAUUUGUACCAAUAAACUGAAGGGUCUGUAGAUGUUACGUAAUGAUUCUAAUGAUUCAAAAAGGACUUGUGGAUGUGGCAAACUGAGUCAUUGUAUUUUCUUGGAACGAGGACCUGAAAGUAUUUCCUGACUUCAGAGGGAUCCAACCUCUAAGUCUCCCUGAGAAAGUUUACUGGAUACUCCGAUCAACUGUGUCUCUUGGAUUCCGGUGUAGCAGCAUGGCUUACGUUCUGGUCAUGGUUCAUGGCUGUGGGGCAAUUAGGAGUUUAGUUGUCCAGUUCACAUGUGCUUUGUGGAUCUUGUGAAGACUUACAACUGUGUCUCUUUGUGUGGAGGUUGAUGGUAGAGGAUGCCAAAGCAAGAACUGCGUAAACAUCGCAGUGGUGGUUGGAUUUUGCCAGGUCCGCCUCUUAUCUAGAAUCCGGAUGCAGAGUCGACAAGAAGGACUUGUGUGGUUUGCAAAGUUCAGGGUUUCAUCUUUGAUUGUCACAAAUAAUGUGGUUCUUUUGAUGUCUUCAAACAAUGACUUUCGGCAUUUACUUGAGGGUUACUGUGAAGUGGACAGGAUGAGAAUCUGCUCCUUUUUGCUUGAGACCCUGGUUCACAGUGCUUCUUAACCCUUUUUAGAUGUGUAUCUGCUCCACAUGAUUCAGAUGAUUGGAAAAGCCUGUUAACAACUCAUUUGUUUAAGUUACUUGUGGGAAAUGCCUAAAACAUGGAGGACAGUGGGCUGUAGGGAUCAGGGUUGAGGAAUAAUGCUCUUGGUCAAGGUUUUCUAUCUGCCUUGCAAAGGGGAAGUUCUAGUAUUAUGGAGUCUUGUUUAUAAGUUAUAGUAGGAGGGAGCAGGAUAUGGAUGUAUAGAUUGGGGCCUUAUCUGCAGUAAUGCAACUGAUGUUCCAGUAAGAUAAUAGUCAAAAAUGAAUUUCCUUAUUUAGAGUCCAUCAACAUUCUGACCCUGAACUUUGAUAAUCUAAUCAAGGGGCCUUCUUUUGGAGAAUAUCUGGUCAUGUCCCACUGGUAGGAGACUUCAAGGCAGACCCAGGAUCCAUUAAGGGGACUGUUUGUCCUUUCUGGACUGGGAAUGCCCCCAGGUUGCCAGAACAAACUGGAGAAUGUUUCUGAUGAGAGUAAUGUCAGGAUUUUACUGCUGCUCUUGAUUCCCCUGUGACCCUUAUUCUUAAAGAAGUGGAAGACGAUGGACGAACAUUUGAGUCGAUGAACAGACCCCUCAUGUAAAGUUUCAUCUAAAAUGCCCUCAGGGCAGUGAUGCCAUAUUUGGAGCCAUGUUUAUGCAUUCUUGAUUGCUGACCUGUUGAUCAAGUUUUAUUAAAGCAGUUUUAAAAUGACUAAACAUUUGGUGCGUUCUGACUGACUUAAAAAGCAUCUUGGAUUGAAGCACUCUAUGUUUACCUAUGUGGGACUUUCUUAUGUUGAAUACCAUCAUUUGAACAUUAAAUUCAACUAUAAAAGUAGGUAUUUUAGCUUUGGGUGCAGUUUUUGUCUCCAGUGUGUUUGUGUUCUCUACCUCUUCUAAAAGAACCUGGCUCCAUUAGGGAGAGGGGCAAAAAAAAUGUUGUUUUUUGGAAUAUUCCCAGCCUAGACCUUUAGUGACCUGUUUAUUGACUGUUUUUCUUUUAUAUUUUUUGCGACAUUAUAUAGGAAAAUAUUUUUUUUUGUACAGAGAACCAUUAACUCUUUUCAAAUUGUUUAUUUAUUUUUUCAGAAAACACUUUCAAUUUUGAAUUAAAUUGAUCUAUGCAGAAUAUUAGGGCAACAAAAUGACACGUGCAAUAUACUGUUCUGAUGGGAUUUAUAUUAAGAAGAAACUUUUCCUGUUGUUAAAGUGAUGUUUAUAAUGUUAUUAUAUUAAAAAAGGAAAUACAUA